CACAAAAGGAAACAUCACAAUAACUAGAAAACCACUCGAGAGUGCAACCCUAAACUGCCACCUUAGGACCAGUACACAUGCGCCGCUCUACUACAACUAAAGUCAGCCGCCCGACACCUGAAGGAAAGGACCAGUCAUGGAUCUCAGCGACUUCGAAGCAGACAACUCUGUCAGUUGCCGCUUGUCUUCUCUCAUCCCGGAUGUCUGCAGGGCUGAGGACUGCUGCCUGGGCAUCGACGAGGCAGGCAGGGGGCCGGUGCUCGGGCCGAUGGUAUAUGGAAUAUGUUUCUGUCCCGUUUCCAAAAAAGAGGAUCUGAAGAACCUGAAGGUGGCAGAUUCCAAAACUCUAUCCGAAGCAGAGAGGGAAAGUCUUUUUCAGAAAAUAGAUGAUUCAAAGACUUUUAUUGGUUGGGCUCUCCAGAUUCUGUCGCCAAACACCAUUUCCACCAGCAUGUUACAGAGAACAAAAUGCAACCUCAACACUCUUUCACACGACAGUGCAAUUGGCUUGGUUCAGUUUGCAUUGGACAGUGGAGUUCAGCUUAAGGAGGUGUUUGUGGACACAGUUGGUCCAGCAGACAAGUACGAAGACAAGCUCUCCAAGAUCUUCCCGGGUCUCCAGGUGACUGUCAGACCAAAGGCUGAUUCCCUGUUUCCCAUCGUCAGCGCAGCCAGUAUCUGUGCAAAGGUGGCAAGAGAUCGAGUUGUCAAAGGCUGGGACUUUGUGGAGGACCUUGGAGAGGUGGACACAGACUACGGCUCUGGAUACCCGAACGACCCCAAAACCAAAGCAUGGCUGCUGAAGUACCUGGACCCAGUGUUUGGUUUCCCUCAGUUUGUCCGCUUCAGUUGGAGCACAGCACAAACCUUGAUUGACAGCAAGGCUGUGACAGUCCACUGGGAUGAUGACGAGGAGGACGGGGAGAAGGCUGCACAACGCCAGAAGAACAAGUCCAUGUUGUCAUUUAUCUCUGCACCAGGUGCAGUUAAAGACGACAAAGCGACACAUCGAUUCUUCAGCGAGAGGAGACUCAAGAGUCUCGACACACUCUGAAGAUGAACCAUUGCAAAUGACAGAACGUAAACAGCAUUGUUCAUUUGUUCAAGUCUCACUGGAGAGAUGUUUUAUACA